AUGCUGCAGCCCCGGAUAUGUCGGUUCCAGCCCUCGCGCCUGGGGAGGUCGCUCUUGACGGCCCGCAGCUACUCGCAGGGCUUCGAGCAGCUCAUCAAGCCGGCGUCCUUUGCGCCCACGGCCUCUGCUGACGGCGGCGUGCUCACCGCCGAGGGCCCACGCAAGGAGAAAUUCACCCCCCUGCGCACGUACAAGCCACGCACACCCGGUCUACGUCACCUGAAGCGUGCAGUGAACGACCACCUGUGGAAGGGGCGGCCGUUUCUGAAGCUCACCAUCGCGCGCAAAGGACAGCAUCUGGGAGGAAGGAACAACACCGGACGUGUCACCGUGCGCCACCGGGGCGGAGGACACAAGCGCCGCAUACGCAUCGUCGACUACAAGCGCUACCUGCCCGGCAAGCACAUUGUGGACCGCAUCGAAUACGACCCCAACCGAAGCGCACAUCUGGCCCUCGUCACACGAGUCGAGACGGGAGAGAAGUCGUACAUUGUCGCCGCCGAUGGCAUGCGCGCAGGCGACGAGGUGGAGAGCUACAGGACCGGUAUCCCCAAGGACCUGAUUGCCAGCAUGGGUGGCGCCAUCGAUCCUGGUAUGCUUGCCGCAAAGACGGCAGCGCGAGGAAACUGCCUGCCCAUCCACAUGGUGCCGCUGGGUUCGCAGGUGUUUAACGUUGGCUCCAAGACACAGGGCGGAGGUGUCUUCUGUCGCAGCGCAGGCACGUACGCCAUCAUCGUGAACAAGGAGGAAGUGGAGAAGACCAAGGGAAUCGAGACCAAGAGCGUCAUUAUUCGCCUGCAGAGUGGUGAGAUCCGCAAGGUCUCCCCAGACGCAUGCUGCACAAUUGGCGUGGCCAGCAACAUCCAAAGACACUUUGAGCAGCUCGGUAAAGCUGGCCGUGCUCGAUGGCUGGGAAAGCGACCAGAGGUCCGUGGUCUCGCCAUGAACGCAGCUGAUCACCCUCACGGUGGUGGUCGAGGUAAAUCCAAGGGUAACGUCCACCCCGUCAGUCCAUGGGGAACACCAGCCAAGGGAGGUUACAAGACACGAUACAAGAGGAACAAGCACACAUUCCUGGUCCAGGACCGACCACGAAACCAGGGCAAGCGCAGGCCGAGAUAA